AUGGCUGAGGUUAAACGCUCCGCGUCCAUCGAGAAAGUCGAAGAACCAGAGCACCAUGAACGAAGACUCGGGCAACAAGUAAUGGAGAGGCAGGCUGCCUUAAAUGCCGCGAUAGAAGCGGAUCCGGGGCCGGGGCAUUUCAGCCUAGUAGCAAUUCAACUCUAUCUCAUCGCACUGGUGGUAUGUUUCUGCUCGGGGGACAAUGGCUUCGACGGUACCGUCAUGGGUGGUAUCAAUACGAUGUCCCAGUUCCAGGCGUUUUUCGGAAUGAAAGAUGAUGCAGCGAAAACUUCCAUUGUUUUCGGCAUUUACACUAUUGACUGGCUCUGUGACGAUCCCCGACCAAUUCGUGCUACAGCUUAUCUUCCUGAUAAAUAUGGCCGUCGGUUUCCUAUGUGGAUCGGAAACGCCAUCCUGAUCUUGGGCGCGUGCAUGACCGCCAAUGCGAAGAGCAUGAACAUGUUUUUGGUUGGUCGGUGGCUGACGGGUACUGGAUGCUCUUGCGCUGGUGCGGCGGCCAAAUCGUAUCUCGCUGAAAUCAGCCCGGCGAAGUACAGGGGGGCAUACAUUGGAUUCCUGAAUUCUUUCUAUUAUAUUGGCCAGAUGGCAGCGUCUGGGAUGAUGGUCUCCACCGGCAACUACGCAUCUGACUAUUCAUGGCGUUUGCCCUUGUAUAUUCAGGUUGUACCGGCCGCCUUGAAUUUCUUCUUCGUCUACUUUUGUCCUGAAUCACCGCGUUGGCUUCACAGCGUCGGAAGAGGACAUGAAGCCCGACGUAUCCUGGCCAAAUACCACUCCGCGACUGGAGAUCCUAAUUCGCCGUUGAUUGACUUGGAGAUGAAGGAGAUUGAAGAGAAAAUCGAGAUCGAUGGACAGGACAAACGUUGGUGGGACUUCAGACCUCUCUUUGCAACUCGAGCAGACAGGUAUCGGGCGUACAUGGUUAUUCUCAUCGGUCUUUCCGGUAACGGCAUGAUAACAUACUUCCUUCCUGUACUUCUUGAAAAUGCCGGCAUCGAGUCUCAGAGCAAGAGGCUGACCCUCAACUUUGUUAAUAGCGUGACUUCGUACAUUGGCGCUUUCACGGUUGAUCGUUUUGGUCGUCGCCGGGUUCUUCUAGCCGGAACUAUUGCUAUUACUGUCAUUCUGGCUAUAGUGACCGGCUUGCUUAGCAAGGACGACGGAAACAGUGCUCGUGCUAAUGCUGGUAUAGCUCUUGUCUACCUCUUUAUGGUGGUGUUCUCUUAUGGGUGGACGUCAAUGCAAGCAUUGUACCCCGCCGAGGUCCUGGGGUAUCAAGCCCGGGCGAAAGGUCUCGCGUUCUUAAACAUAUGCACGCAGGGCUCGACGCUUAUCAACACCUUCGGUUUGCCCGUUGCGCUCGAAAAGAUAAAAUGGAAAACGUAUCUGAUUUUCACAAUAUGGGAUGCGUUUGAAUGUGCUGUAAUCUACUUCUUCGUUGUUGAAACCAAAGGUCUCACGCUGGAGGAAAUUACGGAGGUGUUUGAGCAGUAA